CCCGCUCCAGCGCCCGCCCGCUGCGCGGCGAACAUGAGCGAUCAUGGCCGCCUUCGGGCUCCUCAGCUAUGAGCAGAGACCGCUCAAGCGGCCGCGCCUGGGGCCGCCCGAUGUCUAUCCGCAGGACCCGCGCCAGAAGGAGGAUGAACUUACUGCGGUGAAUGUAAAGCAAGGCUUCAGUAACCAGCCUGCCUUCUCUGGAGAUGAGCAUGGGUCUGCUAGAAAUAUUGUCAUCAACGCCUCCAAGAUUGGCGCUUACUUCAGCAGCAUAUUAGCAGAAAAGCUAAAGCUUAAUACGUUCCAGGACACAGGAAAGAAGAAACCACAAGUAAAUGCCAAAGACAACUACUGGCUGGUUACUGCUCGGUCUCAGAGUGCAAUUCACAACUGGUUCACAGAUUUAGCAGGAAGUAAACCACUGACUAUUUUAGCAAAGAAGGUUCCAAUUCUCAGUAAAAAAGAAGAUGUUUUUGCUUACUUAGCAAAAUAUUCUGUACCACUGCUGCGAGCAGCAUGGCUGAUCAAAAUGACAUGUGCCUACUAUGCUGCUAUUUCUGAAGCUAAAAUCAAGAAGCGCCAGGCCACUGAUCCAAAUAUUGAAUGGACUCAAAUUAUAACCAGAUACCUUCGAGAGCAGCUGGCAAAGGUUGCAGAGUUCUAUCAUGUGACUUCUAGCCAAGGCAACAGCUCUGUAGUGAUGCCUCAAGAGAUGGAACAGGCCUUGAAGCAGUGGGAAUAUAAUGAAAAAUUGUCCUUCUAUAUGUUUCAGGAAGGAAUGCUCGAGAGACACGAGUAUUUGACGUGGAUACUGGAUGUUUUGGAAAAAAUCAGACCUACUGAUGACGAUCUUCUCAAGCUGCUGCUGCCGCUCAUGUUGCAGUAUUCGGAAGAGUUUGUUCAGUCAGCUUACCUAUCCCGCCGCCUUGCUUAUUUCUGUGCCAGACGCCUGGCCUUGCUGCUGAGCGAUGGCCCGAGCCUCGCGGCUGCACAUUCUCCUCAUGUGAUUAUUGCACCAAGUAACCCUCCCUUGGCAGCGCCGAGUCCGACUGCGCCCGGUCCCGUGCUGAGCCCCGUGCAGCUCAGCUGCUCAGAUUUCCUCUCCUGCCCACAACACCGUCCACUGGUGUACGGACUGAGCUGUAUGCUGCAGACUAUAACUCUUUGUUGCCCAAGUGCCUUGGUGUGGAAUUAUUCCACAAAUGAAAAUAAGAACGUUAAUCCUGGCUCACCCCUGGAUUUACUUCAAGUUGCUCCAUCUACUUUACCUAUGCCAGGUGGAAAUUCAGCAUUUAAUCAGCAGGUUCGGGCAAAGAUUUAUGAAGUAGAACAGCAGAUAAAACAAAGAGGUCGUGCUGUGGAGGUGCGGUGGUCUUUUGACAAGUGCCAAGAAUCAACUGCAGGGGUGACCAUCAGCCGAGUUUUGCACACCUUAGAAGUGCUGGAUCGACAUUGUUUUGACAGAUCAGAUUCCAGCAAUUCAAUGGAGACACUUUAUCAUAAGAUUUUCUGGGCAAACCAGAAUAAAGAUAACCAAGAGGCAGCCCCCAGCGACGAGGCCGUGGUGAUGCUGCUGUGUGAGUGGGCUGUGAGCUGCAAGCGGUCUGGGAAGCACCGGGCCAUGGUGGUGGCCAAACUCCUGGAGAAGAGGCAAGCAGAAAUUGAAGCGGAAAGAUGUGGUGAAUCUGAAGUCCUAGAUGAAAAGGAAUCUCUGUCUUCAGCCUCCUUGACAAGUUCCAGCCUUCCUGUUUUCCAGAAUGUCCUGCUGAGGUUUCUGGACACACAGGCUCCCUCGCUGUCUGACCCAAAUAGCGACCAUGAGAAGACAGAGUUUGUGAAUUUGGUGCUGCUGUUUUCUGAAUUCACUCGACACGAUGUUUUCUCCCAUGAUGCGUACAUGUGCACUUUAAUAUCACGUGGAGACUUGUCAAUCACUGCAACUACGAGACCACGUUCACCUAAUGGGGAAACUGUGGAUGACCACUAUUCUAAGGAUCAUGAUGUGAAAAUGGAGGAUCAUAGUAUUAUGGAGCACAUGGGCACUGACUCAGGACCCACUAGUAUCUUUGAUGAUGUAGACAAGGGUGACUUUAAGGCAGAUUUUGGUUCCGAAUUUCCAAUUUUUUCUCCGAUGCCUGGGGAGGCCUGUGAGAACAUGAACUCUUCUUUAGACAGAAGAAUUUCAGUUGCCAGCGAGAAGUCAGUCAAGAGGGAAAGACUCAGAGAAGUGAUUUUUCCAUCCAACUAUGACCUCCUUCGUCAUUUGCAAUAUGCAACGCAUUUCCCUAUACCUCUGUAUGGAUUUUUGGCUGCUUCUGUUAUUCUGUUUGUCUGGGAGCUCUUGGGAACUGCAGAAAACUUCGAUGAAUCUUCAAGUCAUGAGUGUAACCAGCGCAUGAUUCUUCUCUACGGUGUUGGCAAGGAGCGUGAUGAAGCAAGACAUCAGUUGAAGAAGAUUACCAAAGACAUCCUGAAGAUACUGAAUAAGAAGAGUACUACUGAAACGGGUGUUGGGGAUGAAGGGCAAAAAGCCAGGAAGAACAAACAAGAAGCAUUUCCAACUCUAGAGACUGUGUUCACAAAACUACAGCAGCUGUCAUAUUUUGAUCAACAUCAGGUGACAUCCCAGAUCUCCAGCAAUGUUCUCGAGCAAAUAACUAGCUUUGCCUCAGGAACAUCGUAUCACCUCCCCUUGGCUCACCACAUACAGCUGAUCUUUGAUCUCAUGGAACCAGCUCUGAAUAUCAAUGGACUGAUAGACUUUGCAAUACAGCUGCUGAACGAGCUGAGCGUGGUGGAGGCAGAGCUGCUGCUGAAGUCUUCUAGCCUAGCAGGGAGCUACACCACAGGGCUGUGCGUGUGCAUCGUUGCCGUCCUGCGGCGUUACCACGCCUGCCUCAUUCUCAACUCGGAGCAAACCGCGCAAGUCUUUGAAGGGUUGUGUGGAGUGGUGAAGCACGUUGUUAAUCCCUCAGAGUGUUCCUCUCCAGAAAGAUGUAUUUUGGCCUACCUCUAUGACCUGUAUGUGUCCUGUAGCCACCUGCGAAGCAAGUUUGGAGACCUCUUCAGUAGUGCCUGUUCUAAGGUGAAGCAAACAAUAUACAGCAACGUUCAGCCUUCAAAUUCCAAUCUGCUGUGGGACCCGGAGUUCAUGCUAGAUUUUAUUGAGAAUCCUUCUGCUCACAGCAUUAACUACUCAAUGCUGGGCAAGAUCCUGAGCGAUAAUGCAGCCAACCGCUACAGCUUUGUCUGCAACGCGCUGAUGAAUGUGUGCAUGGGGCACCAAGAUGCGGGAAGGAUUAAUGACAUAGCAAACCUUUGUGCGGAGCUGACGGCAUGCUGCACGGUGCUGAGCUCAGAGUGGCUGGGGGUUGUCAAAGCUCUUUGCUGCUCUUCCAAUCAUGUAUGGGGUUUCAAUGAUCUGCUCUGCAGUGUGGAUGUGAGUGACCUGUCAUUCCACGAUUCCCUGGCCACGUUCAUUGCGAUUCUGAUUGCCCGGCAGUGCUUUUCUCUGGAAGAUGUCGUUCAGCACGUGGCACUGCCUUCUCUUCUUGCAGCUGCCUGUGGGGACCCAGAUGCUGAGCCUGGGGCCAGGAUGACUUGUCGGCUCCUCCUGCACCUCUUCAGGACACCCCAGGUCUGCCUCUUUCCCCAGGGAGCAGGAAAAUUAUUUCCUGGAAUUCGUUCUUCUUGUGAUCGUCACCUUUUGGCUGCUGCUCACAACAGUAUAGAAGUGGGAGCUGUGUUUGCAGUCUUAAAAGCAAUUCUGAUGCUUGGUGAUGCUGAGAUCGGCAGCAGCAGUGUCACCGCUGUGAAGAACGAGGAGCUGCCCGUGAGAGGCUUGCUGGAAGAGCUCCCUGAGGAUGAAGCAUGGGGUUCUUCUCACGCUCUGAAAUCAUGUGGAAAAGCUGUUUCCAUAGAAACCGCUAGUUUAAGCGAGUAUGCUAGAUAUGUGCUAAGAACCAUUUGCCAGCAGGAAUGGGUUGGAGAACACUGUUUAAAAGAACCCGAGAGACUGUGCACAGAUAAAGAUCUGAUCUUGGACCCCGUUCUUUCAAACAAGCAAGCGCAGAAACUUCUUCAGCUUAUCUGUUAUCCUCACGGUGUGAAGGAAUGCUCCGAGGGUGACAACCCUCAGAGGCAGCACAUCAAGCGCAUACUUCAGAACUUAGACCAGUGGACUCUCCGGCAGUCUUGGUUGGAGCUGCAACUCAUGAUCAAGCAGUGCAUGAAGGAGCCUGGUUCUGGGUCUGUGGCUGAAAUGAACAGCUUGUUGGAUAAUAUUGCAAAGGCGACAAUAGAGGUGUUUCAGCAAUCCGCUGAUCUAAACAAUAACUCUUCUAACUCUGGUAUAGGCCUCUUCAAUCCAAACUCUGUUGGAAAUGCUGACACAAGUAAUACAAGACAGAAUGGUAAAAAGACUUUCCUAAGUUCAUCUGAGUGGCGAGGAGUGUGGCUGGUGGCUCCCUUGAUUGCAAAACUACCUACCUCAGUUCAAGGUAGGGUCUUGAAAGCUGCGGGAGAGGAGCUGGAGAAAGGUCAGCAUUUGGGGUCAUCUUCCAAGAAGGAAAGAGAUAGACAGAAGCAAAAGAGCAUGUCUCUUUUGAGUCAGCAGCCUUUCCUUUCUUUGGUACUUACUUGCCUUAAGGGACAGGAUGAGCAACGGGAAGGGCUCCUAACAUCCCUGCAGAAUCAAGUCAAUCAGAUCCUUAGUAACUGGAGGGAAGAACGGUACCAGGGCGAUGUUAAAGCUAGACAAAUGAUGCACGAAGCCUUACAACUUCGUCUUAAUUUGGUAGGUGGCAUGUUUGAUACUGUGCAGAGGAGUACCCAGUGGACCACAGACUGGGCACUUCUGCUCCUCCAGAUAAUCACUUCGGGGACGGUUGAUAUGCAGACCAACAACGAGCUGUUCACCACCGUGCUGGAUAUGCUGGGCGUCCUCAUCAACGGGACCCUCGCCUCCGACUUGUCCAGUGCUUCCCAAGGAGGACCCGAGGAAAACAAAAGAGCUUACAUGAAUUUAGUGAAAAAGUUAAAAAAGGAGCUGGGGGACAAGCGGUCAGACAGCAUUGACAAGGUUCGCCAGCUGCUCCCUUUGCCAAAGCAGACAUGUGAUAUUAUUACUUGUGAGCCCAUGGGAUCCUUGAUCGACACCAAGGGCAACAAAAUUGCGGGAUUUGACUCCAUUGAUAAGAAACAGGCAAGAGGUCUCCAGGUUUCAACAAAACAAAAGGUGUCCCCUUGGGACUUAUUUGAAGGUCAUAAAAAUCCUGCUCCUCUCUCCUGGGCGUGGUUUGGUACCGUUCGUGUCGACAGGAAGGUGAUCAAAUACGAAGAGCAGCAGCAUCUGCUCCUGUAUCACGCGCACCCCAAACCCAAGCCGCGGAGCUACUACCUCGAGCCCUUGCCUCUGCCUCCGGAGGAGGAGGAGGAAGAGCCCACCACCCCUGUCUCUCAGGAACCAGAAAGGAAGUCAGGAGAGCUCUCCGAUCAGGGAAAACAAGCCACAGAUGAUGAGAAGAAGGCAAAGGGCAGGAAGAGGAAGUCCAAGUCAAGCUCUAAGGCUGAUGAAUAUCCCCAGACCAGCGUAUACAGAGUGCCUCCCAAUUACUCGCCCAUUCCCUCACAAAUGAUGCAGCAUCCUCAGUCUGCCUUGUGGGGCUACACCAUCAUGGGGCAGCCGCAGCAGCCCGGCUUCUUCGUGCAGAACCAGCCCCUCCCACCAGGUGGUUCCAGGCUGGAUCCAGCGAGCUCCUUCGUUCCAGCCAAUACGAAGCAGGCCCUGUCCAACAUGCUGCAGCGGCGCUCCGGCACCGUGCUGCAGCCCCCCUCCCUCCAUGCAAUCACACCUCAGCAGCAGCUGCUCCAGAUGAAACUCCUGCAGCAAGAGCAGCAGCAGCAGCGGCUCCUCAGGCACCAGGCACAGGCACGGUCUCUCCAGCAGGGUCAGCCGAUGGACCCCGCUGCUCUUUUCACCCCGCAAGUCCGACCCGCGCCGCAGCUACCACAGUACCCAGGGCUUCAGCAAGCACAGAGCAUGCCGCACGGGUACACGAUGUACAGCACCCCGAUGCCUUUGCAGCAGCAGCAGCCCAGCGGCGUGGUGCUCUCCCCUGGCUACACCCCACGGGCGUACGCAGCCCACUCCAGCCCCGUGCUGAUGGAGCGGCUGCGGCCGGGGCAGCCGGGCGGCGUGGCUCAGCAGCAGGCAGCUGCCUACAUCCAGCCCCUGGCGAGCGCUCAGCGAUUGACCCAUCAGCCUCUGCAGCCAAACUCAUUGGUAGGAGCGGGCCUGGACAGCGCAGCGACCACACGAACCCAUCCAAGCUUGAGCUCGGCACAGCUGCCCCAGGAGCAAAUGCGACAGAGGCAGCAGCAGAUCCGACAGCAGAGGCUUUUCCAGAUGCAGCAGGGGCAGCAGCAGCAGACGCUUGAUCUCCAGCCCGUGCAGCCACAGCAGCCCCUGGUAAGCGGGACAGAUGGUGAGCGUGGGGCAGGGGCACGGGCAGAGUGCAUGAAGCUUACACUGAAUUUGCAAUGCUGUUGUCCAUGUUUCCUCGAUGUGGUCAUGUUUUCCAGAUGUUUAAGUUGGUUGAGGAUAAAGUUUGGUCUGAAAAAAUGGAGAAAAUACAAAUGACACUGAAUUUGCCAGCUGCCAAGUGCAAAAGUAUUAAUGCAAUUUGACAGAGAAAUCAAAAGGCAGCAUGCAAGUGUGGGAGGAGUGGUAAAUGGGAGCUCUUUGUCUGAUGACCCCUGAAAGAUCAAUUUCAUCCAUUUCUAAGCUUUUCUCAGUAUUCUUGUCUUGAACAGGCUGCCUCUGAUGGGUUGCCACAGAGGCAGGGCUCUGCCAGGCGCCCACUCUUCCAGCAGCAGAACACUCCAUGCAGGUUUCACAUCCCCAGGAAGCCCUAAUGUGGUUAAUUCAUUUCACUAACCUCAGCAGUUAGUAGAGACUCCUAGUCAGAGGGUUACACAAUAUAUUUUAAGUAAAGGAUUAGUUUUCAGAAAGAGAAAAAAAAGCUGAAGUCUUACUAAAGCCCUGAAACUCCCUCUGGUAAGCUGAGGUUUCGCCGAAGCAAACCCCGGCAGACUCCGUGCAGCGUGUGCUGCCACCGAGUGUCACAUUGCUGCACUUCUGUGCAGCACAUCAGGCUGUCAGCCUGCGUGGGUGUAUUAAGUGUUGUUAUGCAGUCUGAGGAUGCUGUAUUUAAAGGAAAAAAAGCAUGUAAGUAGAAGCACACGUCCUUUCACCAGAUCUAGUAAGUAGAAAAGCGAUGGGAUUUUGAAAACAGACCGAGAGAGCUGAGAGGCCCUGCAAUAAAUGGGUAGUUCAGUAAGUGGUGACAGUUCUGACCU